AUGUCUGGCCACGAGAGCAACCCGCUAACAAUCAGCGGCGACAACUGCGGCAAAUGCCGCCGAGCCAUCGUGGAGGCUUACUCUCUUGCCACGGACCAACCGCCAGGCUAUGGGGACUGGGUCAAUGUCUUUGCUAGUUUUGAACAACUAGAAGCCUCAGCCCGGAAAUGUAACCUUUGUCGCAUCAUUCGCCAGGAGAUUGUCUAUAACCUAGCGAACCUGAAGGAUCUCGACAACUGCCCUCAACCAGUGGAGGUGUGCUGGCAACUAUCAGAUACCGAGUCCUCACUUAGUACUCUUAAAUUUCAAGUCGGGCUGCCCCACGGGGAGGUAUGCCAGGCAAACCUAGUGACGCCCCAUCAAUUUGAGGCUCUAGGACACAUUAUUCCAAGUUUCAAGGAAGAUUCAGAAUUCAAUGCUAUUACCACUACAAUUCGCUGGUGGCUGCAGAAUUGCAACAAAAACCAUGUUUCCUGUCAACGUUCUAAUGCUACGGACGACGAGAGCGGAACUUUCUUGCCUUCGCAUGUGAUCGACGUGAAUCCGACGAGCGGCCAGCAUCGAGAUGUCGAAAAUAAUCCGCGGCGGCCAUAUAUUCGACUAAUGCAGGGAAAAGGCCGUCGAGACCAAUACGUGACGUUGAGCUAUUGCUGGGGCACCUCUGGCAAGAAUUACAAAACCACAAGCUCCAAUUUAGCCCAGCACCUCCUGGAGAUUCCCUGGGAUAAACUCCCGCAAACAAUACAGGACGCCAUCACAGUCACCCGCAAACUUGGCAUUCAGUACCUCUGGGUCGACGCUCUGUGCAUUAUCCAAGCGAGACAUAACGACGACAGCACAUCAGAUUGGCCGGUCGAAGCGACCAAGAUGGGCCAGUACUACGAGAAUGCUACAUGCACGCUGGCAGCUAGCAGCUCACACGAUUGUGCUGAUGGAAUGCUUCUUGACCGCCCCGCACUUCGGUUUGGUCCUGCGGAAGAUGUCAUCAUUGAUUUCGAUGAUGUAUACCUUGGCAAGAUGACGCGGAUGCAUCUCGUAGGGAUGCGUGGUCCACCAGUCGAAGCCGCCAUGGAGGAGUCACAUCUGCUCUCUAGGGGCUGGUGCGUCCAAGAACGUGCCCUGUCUCCUCGGAUAUUGUACUUCGCCCGGGAUGCACUGUUCUGGGAGUGCAAUGAGCUUCGCGCUGGUGAGCAUAGUCCCAGUAAGAAUUUGAAAUUCAUCCCGAGGCCCAAGACGCACGGCAUGCUGUACAGCCAGUCAUGGCGCAAUGUCAUCGGCGAAUGGGACCUGCUCGGCGCGGGGCUCAGGAAGCUUGUCCGAGAUAACGAGAACUCUACUGAAGGGCUGUCAGUCUCAGAUGUUGAGCUGAUACUAGGUCCCUCAUGGAUGGGUUUGAUUGAGAGAUACAGUUCUUGCAAGUUCACGAACUACUCAGAUAGACUGGUGGCCCUCUCGUCCCUCACGGGGAAGCUAAGCAGGAUGACAGGAGCGAUCAACAUAGCUGGGCACUGGCGGGAGACGCUUGGCCGUAGCCUUUCCUGGACGGUCAUUUCUCCUACCAGUACGAGAGAAAUGUGCGGUGAUCGUAGUUCUCCGUCAUGGGCGUGGGCAUCAACUGACUUAGGUGUCACAUUUGAGGGCCUCGAUGGGGUGUGGCAUGAAAGCAUGGUGGUGGAAGAUAUCUGGGAAGAGUCUACGAGUGCCACGAACAGGCACUCUAGACACAUACUGAAAAUGAGCGGCAUAUUCUGUGAAAUGUCUCUAGCUCAGUGGGGCCUAAGAGAGCCUCGUAAAGGCAACGCAGUGUAUAGAACUUCAUCCUAUGUCGAGUCUGUAGCAUGGGAUCACAUGCCGUCCACCUACGAUGAAACGAGACUCCUGGCAUGUAUUUUUAUUGGGUUUGUGCGCGAGAGCGAUUUUGUGUCAGAUACUGUUGGGCUUGUCAUCGAGCGGACGGGAAAAUUCAGUGGCGGCCAAGUUGAGGAAUUCGAACGUGUUGGCUUGCUGAGGUUUGAGAAUCUUUCUAGUGAGAGAUUACUAGGGAAAGUAUGGAGAACCAUAGAUAUUGCUUGA